AUGGAUGUCAAAAUUUGUCAAGUUAAAAUGGAUGUCGGACGUUGGUGUGUGUCAUCCUUCUGGUCUUCAGCCACUCUCCUGCUGCAUCGCCUCAUCACGACACCAGCACCAACAGCUAAACUAGCAUAUAAGCUGUAUGGAAAAGCUGGUCUCAUUGAGUGUAAUUUUCCAGCUCCUAAGCCAAAACCUCGUCCAGCGAACUAUGACCACUUGCAUCCUGAACCGCUGGUGGAUUGCUCAGUGCUGUAUUCACCAGAUGAUCCAGAAGUUGACGUUAUUUUCGUCCAUGGGCUAUACGGUUCUCUAGCAAAUACGUGGAGACAAGGCGAAUGGAGAUCGAGAUAUCAAAAGGAAAUUAAGAUAGUGCCAUUGAGAAGACCGCAUUCAACACCAACCUGCACUUGCACGGAGGAACGAAUCACAUGCAGCGAAAAUGCAAAAGAAACAGAAGUAAAUGAAACGACGUCAAAUGAAACGAAUGUAAAUGAAACAAGAAUGAAAGAAAUGACGUUAAAUGAAACGGAAAUAAAUGAAAUAAAUGAAAAAGACACCUUGGAUGUUAAGAAUAUAACGAAAGACGAUAUAUUUAUAACAGAAAAAUUCUAUACCAACCAUCAAAUAGAAAUUAUGAAUUACGAUACUCAAGCUCAGUUCGUUAGGGAUUUAUUUGAUAUGGCGAAUGAACUGAAGCCGGGGGACUGUAAAUGUGAAGCGAAAUGUGAAGUUGGUUGUGGAUGUCUGUGUGAUAAAUGUUACUCGCCGUGUUGGCCUCGGGACUGGUUGCAGGUUGACUAUCCAGGGGCCAGAGUGAUCUCUAUAAACUAUACGAGCGACCCUUACUUGUGGCGACCUCUGUGGAUUAAGCCGAGUCAAAGGCUUCGUCUCCACGAGCGUGCCAAUCAAAUGAUAAGCCAACUCUUGGCGCUGGGCGUCGGAAAAAGACCCAUCAUAUGGGUUGGACACUCAAAGGGUGGAUUAUUUAUUAAACAUAUUUAUUGUGAAGCCUACGACGCGUAUACGAAGCAAAUGAAAAACGGUGAAACAGAAUCAAAUAAACAAAAUACGAGCGAAUGUAACAACGACAAUAGAAUUAAUCAUUGUAUAGACAAACACACGGAUAAUGAAACUAGCUGUGAUAUAUUAGGUGAUAAAAAUGAAAAUGUUUCAAAUGAAACAGAAAUAAAUGAAGUUACAUGUAAUUUAGAUAAUAUAUACAAUGACUCUGUAGAUGAUGGAGGCGUAAAAGGAAGUGAACGAAUGAAUGAGGAAAUCGUUCAUCCAGAUCUUCGUGUAAUGAGUUCUUAUUUGUUGGUUUGUCUGUCUGUUGAAGAGCUAUCGUCAAUCUAUCACAAGUCUGCUGGCUUUAUGUUCUACUCCGUGCCUCACCGAGGCUCGCCGCUAGCGGACAUAAAGACGCCGGUCACAGCUAGGAGUGUGGAACUUAUGGAAAUAUGUAAAGACUGUGACCUGGUCCUUCAUCUCCACGACCGCUGGCGUCUCGCAGCCUCCUCCCUGCCUCCCGUCCGUAGCCUGGUGGAGACUGACCGGACUCUCAUGUCGCUGUUGUAUCUGAGGAUCGUGAGCGUUGAUAGUGCAGACCCAGGUGUAGGUUCUCUCCACGGGGUCUCCGUGGACCACAGGGAGAUCUGCAAGCCGACCAGCCGACGCUGCAUCCUCUACAAGGAGCUCAUGACGCUCAUGAGCACCGCGCUACAGAACUACAAGGUUCAACGACCUCUGGUGACGUCACAGACGACAUCUUAA